UAUGCAUGUAGCAUCUCUGUGUCCAUCACAUCGUUCGUCCAUGGCAUCGCUGCCGUGAGUGUUCCUGCCAAGGCCCCUCACCAGAUGAAGACCCAAAAAGAACGCGGGGGUUCUCAUCAGAUUACCCCACCUUUCUGACGGGCGGUGAGAGGGCCAUUGGUGGCGGGGGUGGUGUUCUGCCGUUUGGGUGACACAGAGAAUGUCAACCAAUCGCUGACAACUCUGACGGCAUGCGGGGCCGAGUGAGGGAAAAGCGGGACAAUUCCAAAAAGGGGUUUGGCCUGCUUUGCUCGUGACUCCGCACGUGCAUCCUUGCUGGCUGAGCUGCCCUGCUGAGGUAAGGGAACCUUGAAGUGGUCCAAGCUCUCGAAUCGGCGGCUGCGCACGGGGCACACGGUGGCUGGAAGAGGAGCUGAGUCUUGCUGGUGUCUGUCGUUGUCGCUUGCUUCUGAUCGCCCGACCGACCCCCCGCUAAAGAUUCCAUACCGACACCACCAGAACCGCAUCACUAUCGCUAUCCUCCUCACGUUCCUGUCGAGACUGCCCUGCGCCGCCGAUAUCUGUCCAACUCUCGUCCGUUGCGAAAAAUAAAUUUGUUCUCGGUCGACUCGAUUCACCAUGGUCCUGGCAAGGUUGACUCAUUAUGCCUUUGAUGCUGUGCUCGUUUCCACCAUCCUUGCAGGGAUGAAGCGCUCGACCGGCCUGACUUUCCAAGCCGAUCAGAUUGGUGAUUCGGACCAGGACCCCUUCAGGAAGUUCAUGAACCGCUACCUCGGUGUCGGCGAGUGGGUGAUGGAUCAGUCGGUUGCCAUUGCAGGCUCGAGCAAGUGGUUCAAGAGAACCCGGUAAAGCGCCUCCAUGCUUUCAUGACGAAACGAUCGAAACCGGAUGGCGGGGAAACAGGCGGUCGAGGCGAGGGGAGCAUAUGGACGCCAGCCUCCCUAUGGCUCAACUGGUUUGGGGCUGGCGGAGGAGAUCAUGAUCAUGAUCAUGUUCAUGUUAUGACCGGGCCGGGUACAUGCGGGCGGUUUUCGGGGUGCUUUUCUCGAGUCGCGCGGUCUUUUUUUGUUGGCGGCGUUCAGGGACUCUCCUUGACAAAGAGAAGGAGAUGCAUUUUCUCCUCUUGGGAUUCUGAAUAUCGGAUUUGGUCCUAGGAUUUUUGCGCAAUACCAUUGGAAUUUUCCCAUCUCUGUGUCCUGGUGAUGCAGGAGGCUCCUGGGGUGUGUUUCUGUCCGUUUCCCGUUCUGUUCCGAUGCCCCAUCCGGGGUAGCAUUAGCCGAGGCAAUCCAUAGCAGGCCUAGUUCUGCCAGCUGUGCCAGCCCACGGGCCACAAGUUCACAACACCACUCACACGACAGACAUCACGACAUGUUUUCGAGUUACAUACACAUAGGGCACGGCUUGACGGUUCAAUCGCUGGAUUAUGUUGAUCUACCGCCCUAGAAACAAGGCCUUCUCUGCCGGGAAGAAGGACUCUUCGUCUGGCGGCAAUACAUCCGCUUCUUCCUCCUCCCCCACUCCUCCGAGUACAUCUGUUUCAGCCUCCUCCUCGCCUAAUAGAGAUCCUCCCCCUUGUCCUCGAGAUAAUUAACGAAGCUGUUCCAAUUCUUCCUCCUCCGCAGCAACGGCCUGAUGACUUUGCGUUGCAACCAGUCGCAGGCUCUCUGGCUUUCCUGACAUGUCGUGCUCUCCUGCAGCGCUUCCCACUCCAAGUCUGUUUCCGUCUUCUCCAUCACGGGCGCGAGAGCCGUCCUCGCCUCGGGCUCAGGCAUGGCUUGCAGAACCAUCAUCUGACGCUUCAGAUGCUCGAGUUCUUCUUCGUCCAACUCCAUUGGAUCAAACGGCUUGCUCAGCCUGUCUCUGGCGUAGCGGUGGAGAGACUGGAGGAGGCUGAUCACCUCGGAUAGGUAGCGGAGUCUGUCGUCCGCGUCGCUGAGCAUGUUGGUGAGAUUACGCAGGGUUUUUCGCAUGUUUCUGAGCCUGCUUUCAAGGUAGAGGAAGAGUGGGCGGCCGUGGCGGUUUUGGGGUUUAAAUUGGGCUUCGAUCGUGCUGGGGAGGGUUGGGUAUGUGGUGAGGGGGGGCUGGCUGAUGCGCAACCUGUCGUCGGUCAGGAUGGACGGGAACUUUGGGGCGGAGGUGUCGGAGUGGGCGAUGAGGCGGUAGAUUGUUUUGAUCCAGGUGCCGGUUAUGCCGGGUUUUGAUGCUACGUCGUAGGAGCUGGGUUGACGGCCGGCGAUGGCGGUGGUGAGGGAGAUGAGGCGGAGGAUCGAGUGGCCGACGUGGCUGGACUGGCUGGUGUUGUGGUUCUGCUUAGUGUUAUUCUCCUGCGUGUUGUUCCCCUCAGUGUUGUUCUCGCCCAUGCUGUUCUCGCCCACGUUAUUCUUCUUAUCUUUCGAAAUGAUUUGAAAGAGGCUCGCCCGUCAUGGGUGGUCAGGUCCAUCCUUUCAUAUUCUUUUCCUGCCGGAAGAAGCUUGUCGAGGAAGCUUUCCACCUUGCUGGUCGUGUCAUAGGAGACCAGAAAUGACAGGUCGCUUUUCAUAGCGGGCGGUUUGUUGGGUGCCAUUGUUCUGAGUUGAGGCUGGUGUAAGUAUUGGACCUGUGGUCUGAGUUGAGAGUGGACCAAGUUGGUACUGGACUGACCCAGUUGAGAGCAAACUGGGUUGACACCUGUGGUCUGAGUUGACGCCUCGAGAAUGGUAUGGGUUGAGAGUAUGGAGGAAUGCAAGUGGUUGCAUAGAUUGGGGGGAACCAGACGAGAAUAUAUAUAGUCGUUUUUAAAUACCUCAUCAAAGUUUUUCUCGCGAUCGCUCUGUUUAAAACUCCAACAGCGUGGCGUUGGCAUAGACUGACAGGCCGCAACUCAGACGGUGAGGUGGUUUAGGUUUGGCAGCUCACAACACCACCGGAAUAGAACCUGAACUGGCUGAAUCGAUCGCAACAGAG